GUGCGCACGUCCUGACCGACUCAGCAGGAAGGUGGAUUUUCUUUGUGUUUAAAGAAAAAAAAAAUGUCCCCGUGUCUGUAGAGAUGAUUUGCAGUUCAGCCCGGCUGAAGCUGACCGAAUGAGACUAUGGGCUGUGCCUCCGCCAAGCAUGUUGCCACUGUUCAAAAUGAAGAGGAAGCCCAGAAAGGGAAGAACUACCAGAACGGAGAUGUGUUUGGCGACGAGUAUAGGAUCAAACCGGUGGAAGAGGUCAAAUACAUGAAAAAUGGGGCAGAAGAGGAGCAGAAAAUAGCAGCCAGGAACCAAGAAAACUUGGAAAAAAGUGCCAGUUCAAAUGUAAGACUUAAAACUAAUAAAGAGAUUCCAGGAUUAGUUCAUCAACCCAGAGCAAACAUGCACAUCUCUGAAAGCCAACAAGAAUUCUUCAGAAUGCUGGAUGAAAAAAUUGAAAAGGGUCGAGAUUACUGUUCGGAAGAAGAGGAUAUCACAUAGCACCAAUUCGACCACUCAAACCAGGAGCUACUACUGUGUAAAUAAGUUACACCCCAGUUGAAAUCUUUGCAAAGGUCGGUUCUCUUCAACGAACAGCACUAUAGCAAACGAAGAUCGUUCCAUAUCGUAUGCCCCAUUAAAUUACAGUGUUUCUUAAUGAACUUGCAAAGGAAUAUUGCUAAAAACAAACACAAACAAACAGAAAACCGUUCUCGAACUUUCUUUGUUGCUGCUAGUUAAAACUUGUUGCAACUUUUCACUUCUCUUGUGUCCAGGUAUGCAGCAAAAUUCUGCAAUUUCACCUUAAAGAUACUGUUGGUUUUACAGAUGCUCUCCAACCUAUUUUCUAUAAGAUGAGGUAGUGGUGAACUCAGAUAUCAAACUCCUGUUGUAGAACUGUUCCGCUUCUAAGACAAGCGUCUCCUUCCCUCUCUCCUCCCUCCCUCCCUGUCUCUCCCGAGCGGUCCAGAGCCUUGCUUCUCACUGGCAGUGUUGCGCUUUGGAGAUGGGAUGGUUGCUAUGGCAAGCUUUGUUUCUCUGCUAAGAAGAAGUAGAGAAGCUCUUAUCCAUUAAAAGCAUGUUGUGACGUGACUCCCGGAGUGACGUGGGAGUGAGCAGCAGGUGUCAUUGACUAGGGAUCUUAAUCAAGGAUUAAGCUUGCAACACUGGCUUUGCUCAGAUGCAGACGGAAGUGUGAUCACAAUCAUUUUGAAUCCCUCUUCCCCACUUUUUUUUCUAAGAAAAUAAACAUUUUACUGUUUUUAUGUA